AUGAAUCGUCUGCUCGAGUACGGUUCCGUCGAGUCGAUUCCCUUCUACAACUGCAGCUGGAAGACCCAAUCCGAGUGGUUCGAGACAGGAUUACGACGCCCGUGGCUCGGAUAUUCCACUAUACCGUUCGGCGUACUCAUUGAAAUGAUAUAUAUUCUAGUUGUGUACAUUAUUUUCAAAACCAAACUGAUCCGUUACCCUUGCUACAAGAUUAUUGUCCUACUGGCAAUUGUGGACAUGACUGCUACAGGUUUCCAAUAUCUGUUGAAAGUGAGAUUAAAGUAGACGUUUCAGUGUGCAGUUGUCUAAUCAGUGGGCCGCUUUACAUCCAAGGCGCCGUUUUCUGCUCUUAUCCCACUUUUCUGUACAUGAUCGGAACGAUUGCUCUUGGUUUGUAUUCACGGCUUUUUCAUUCCGGCAUUCUUUUCCUUUACAGCCGUGUGGUGCACCUCUUGUGCGUGCACCUUUUGCCUCUUCCUAAACCGUAUCGUCAACAUCACACUUCCGCAAUACUCGGACGUGAUCGAAGCGAAACUCGCGUACGCCUCCAUUCUCGCCUGCAUCUUUUAUUUUUUCUACCUGGUCGUGUUCACCCCCACAGUCUGCUUCAACUCGCUCAUAAUGGCCUGGUUGCCGGAUCCGUUUUCCGAACGAGAGCAGAGUGAGGCAGCCGCCGACUACUACCGUAAUACCAUUCAAGCGUGGAACAACUGGAUCUUCGUUAGCAGCAUGAUUGUAUUCUAUGGCAUUUACUUUGUAAAGGUCAAGAAAAUAGCGAGAGGACAAAAUUCUAAAGCUUCAAUGGCGGUAAUCAGAGGGGAGUCUAGACUCAUUUGAAAACAAUAAUAUCAUCCAGAUCUUCGUCCAAUGCGCCAUAAUCUGCUUCUUCAACACCAUCUGUGCUCUCGUCUACAAUUCGUUCACUCUGAUCACUCCUGCUCCGUGGAUUUUGCUUGUUGGCCAAGUAUUUUGGAGUAUUAAUCAUGGAUGUCCGGCUCUCAUUUAUAUAACUAUGAAUGAGACAAUUAAAAAAGAGUUCAAACGAUUGGUGUUUGGCAUUGCUUAUACUCGCAAGAUUGAGGAUACCAAUUCUACUACAAACCCAACGAGAUCGAAGAUUUGA